AUGGCUUCGCUGAGAAUAAUUGCGUGCACCGCCGCCUCAAUGUCGCCGUCCGAGCGGCUGGUGGCCCUCUCCGUCAUGACCACACUCAUCGCGUGCACCAUCGCGGGAAACCUCCUGGUCGUGGCGUUCAUCGCCUACUUCAGGCACCUGCAGACCCGCACCAACGCGUUCGCCCUGUCGCUGGCCCUCGCCGACUUCCUCGUGGGCCUCCUCAUCAUGCCCUACAGCACCAUGCGCAGCGUCGACGGCUGCUGGCCCUACGGCGGCGUCUUCUGCAGGGUGCACACGUGGCUCGACUUCUCCCUCACCACCUCGUCCGUCGUCCACCUCUGCUGCAUCUCGUACGACCGCUACGUGGCCGUGGCCGACCCGCUGCGCUACCCCCAGCGGGUGACGCGGCGCGCCGUGGCCCUCCUCCUGCUCUGCUGCUGGCUCAGCGUGCCCGUCUACUCGUGGCCCGUAAUGAGCGGCUGGUACAGCGUCGGCGUGCCGGACGGCCCCGGCGCCUUCGCGGGCUGCCGGGAAGUUUGCCCCGUGUCGGUGAGCGCGGCCUUCGGUCUGGCCAACAUGCUGUGCGCCUACGCGGCGCCGAUGCUCCUCAUGUCGCUCACCUACGCCAAGAUCUACCGGCUCGCGAGGGCCCAGGCGCGCAAGAUCGACGCCGCCACCGCGGGCCUCAGGCGGCGGGGCCCAGCCGACGGGGUCGACGGCGACGGCCGGCGGUGGAAGGCGGCGAUGAGGCGGGAGCACAACGCCACCAAGACGCUGGGCAUCAUCGCGGGUGUCUUCGUCCUCUGCUGGGUGCCUUAUUUUGUCCUCUCGGCCACCGACUCGAUGCUGGACGACGCGACGAGACGCGCCGCGGCCGACAUCUCCAACUGGCUCACGUACGUCAACUCGACGCUCAACCCGGUGCUCAUCGUCGCCCUCAACCGCUCGUUCCGCAACGCGUUCAGGGCCACGGUGGCCUGCAGGGUGUUCGCGCCGGGCUUCCGCGCCACUGACCUCUUCAACUACGACGACUCGGAACGCUGA